ACUCCCUACACCUCCUUCCUCCAGCCGGGGCAGCGCCCAACCCCAUCCCGCCCCACCUCCCUCCCCCGGCGGCACCGCCCCACCUCGCUCCACCAUGCCGCACCACCACCAUCCUCCCCAGUGGCGCCGCCAUCCCACCCUCCCCACCGUCUCCGGCGCGGCGCGACCCACCCCGAGCCGCCGUCCCACCCUCCCCACCAUCUCCGGCAUGGCGCGGCCCACCCCGAGCCACCAUCCCACGAGCCACCAACCACCCUCCCCACCUUCUCCGGUGAGGCCCGCCCCACCUGAGCCAUCGUCCCACCGUCCCACCUUCUCCGGCGGGAUCCGCCUCCCACCCCUGCCCAGACACCUAACCUGGCCGCGCGACCGCCGGAUCCGGUGGGAUCCUUCCUCCCGUGCUUGCCCGGCGACGCGUGCAUCACAAACAGAGGCGAGGUGCCCCCUCACCCCGCCCCCCACGCGCCCUCCCCGCGACGGCACGCCCUGGUGGUCGCCAAAUCUGGGCCAGGAGCGCCUACCCCCGUCCCGAGAUUCAGCUCCUCUGGCUGCAUGGCGCAGGUCCCCAUUCCCCGGGCGAGCUCUCGUGCUCCCCUUCCCGCCGGCGAUCUCUACUGCUUCCCACCCCCUCCGACGAGCUCUCCUGCCUCCCCUCCCCUCUAGCAAGCUGGCCUGAAGAUGGUCGAGGCUCCUGAUGCAGUUCGUUUCGUGGAUUGUGUUGUGCAGUGUGUGUGGCGUGCAGCUCGGAGCGAGUGGGCAUGCAGCUCAGAGCCAGCAAGGAUAUUCCCAUGUGUUGGCCGUAGCGUGCGCCCCUUCCUAGCAUGCUGACGGUCAGGCCGCAUUUGCUUGCGAUAGUGGCUCCGGACCAUGGACACAACCGGAUGCAAGACCCUGCAUCCCACAUCGCCACCCUUUGACUUCUUCGUCGCAACAAGGCAUGCUGUGAGCAAGCGUGUGAGAGUGCAGCUUGCCGUUGAGGAUGCAGUCCGUCGUCUCGGCCAGAUCCAUGGCGCUGGCCGUGCUUUCUCCUACUGCUCUGUGUGAGGUGAGGAUGGGUUCUCUGUUGGCAAGUCCAUUGCGGGACUCCAUGGCGCUGGUCGCGCUGCUCCUUUUCUUGUUGCUACGUCUGAGGCGAGGACGGGCUCUGCCGCACUGGGAACCAGGGUGUUCGCGACACCGGCGAAGACGGCGUGGUGGUUCCCUUCUUCCCCAACAACAGAAGUUGCGGUGUGGCUAUGCAAUUGUUGAAGUUCAGGAAUAUGUUUGGUGUCUUUUCAGAUUUCGUUUGGGCGCAACACUGCAGUUCGCCUGGGUCUUCACAACGGUGCGGACGGGUGUGCAGUAGGGUGCUUGCAGUGCGAUGGCGCGAUGCUCACGGUCUUGAAUAAAUUUGUUUGAUGCGAUGGUGCGAUGGCGCAAUUUGUUUCAUGUGUUCUAAAAUUUAGUCGACUAUGUCAACACCUGCAGUGCGUUUGUUUCACGGAUGUGGUUCAGUUUUUAGAGUGAUGAUGUUCACUUGCGCCCAACAUGAAAGUGUUAAA